AUUUCGUUAAAUAAUGUCACGCAAGUGUGAUUUUCUGGUCGUGGGAGGCGGCAUCGCAGGUGUGAGUUGCGCUGAGACCCUGGCCAUCUGCCGGCAGAAUGCCUCCAUUCUUCUGCUCACGGAAUCCAGCAUCGUAAAGAGCGUCACAAAUCUGGUGCCGAUCGCACGGUAUCUGCACAAGUUUGACGUUCGAGAGAAAGAUCUAUCGGAAAUGGGAGUCACUAUAGAUACGCUGGUGGACCAACUGGACCACAUCGACAGCAGCGAACACUGGAUUCGCACCAAAGGUGGUCUGGUCAUUCACUAUCAGUAUCUGUGUCUGUGCACUGGUGGAUCCCCGAAACUAUUCAACUUGAGCCACGAAAAGUCACGUAUAAUUGGAAUCAGGGACACGGAUUCCGUUCUGGAAUUGCAGCGACGACUGGUGGAGGCCAAGAAUGUCCUUAUUUUGGGAAACGGAGGCAUAGCCAGUGAACUGGCCUACGAACUGAAGGACGUAAAUGUACACUGGGUGGUAAAAGACAGCCACAUUUCAGCUACCUUUGUAGAUCCCGGAGCGGCAGAAUUCUUUCAGUUGGCCAGGAGUGAGGUGCCGGAGAAUGAUGCUGUUCCAAAAACAGCCAUUAAGCGAAUGCGUUACGGAGAAAUUAUGCCGACGGAACAGCAAGAAAAUAAUAAAGGCGCAGCUCUGGGUCCCGAUUGGCAUCGGACUUUCGACUUGAGUGGAGCUGCGAAGAGCGGAGAUAAAAUUUUGCCAAAAAUCUAUUACAAGUCUCACAUACAAAACUACCAGGACCUUCCCGACGGUAGACUUGCCAUUAAAUUGGGCCAUGACGAUGGCUCUUCCGAAGAGGUAAUCUGUGAUUUCAUUGUUUCUGCCACUGGAGUCCAACCCCGCCACGAAUAUUCGUCUGACUCGCCAAUUACGUUGGCAAGCGACGGAGGCCUUGCUGUUGAUGAAAUGAUGCGAACCAAUCUGCCAGACGUCUAUGCGGCGGGCGACGUGUGCACUGCGUCUUGGUCACCUGCACCGCACUGGUUCCAAAUGCGUCUUUGGACGCAGGCUCGCCAAAUGGGGUCCAUGGCUGGACGGAGCAUGGCGGCCACGAGCGAGGGAGAAACAGUCUACCAGGAUUUUUGCUUCGAGCUUUUCGGUCACGUCACGCAGCUAUUUGGGUUUCCAGUGGUACUUCUAGGACGUUUUAACGGCCAAGAUCUGGGCCGUGAUUACGAAAUACUAGUGCGCUGUACUCGCCACAAGGAAUACAUCAAGUUUGUACUCCAAAACGGGAAAUUGAGGGGGGCUAUAUUGAUUGGAGACACCGACUUGGCCGAGACCUGCGAGAAUCUAAUCCUGAACGGCAUAAACCUGGAGCCAUAUGGCGAUGAUAUACUCAAUCCCGACAUUGACAUUGAAGACUAUUUUGAUUAAUUUGUU